GGGGCGGGCUCGUGCGGCGGCGGGAUCGCGCGCGAUGGGGGCGGCGGAGCCCGACCUCUACCGGGACACGUGGGUCCGGUACCUGGGUUAUGCCAAUGAGGUGGGCGAGGCCUUCCGCCCGCUGGUACCGGUACCGCUGGUCUGGGCCAGCUACGGCGUGGCUACCGCUUACGUGACUGCUGACGCCAUCGACAAAGGCCGCCGAGCUGCCACCGCUCAUGCCCAGGACCCUGCGCAGGUGACCCGGGUGGGGGUGGCCGUGGUGGACACCUUCAUCUGGCAGGGUCUGGCCUCGGUGGCCAUCCCCGGUGUCACCAUCAACCGCCUCUGCGCCGCCUCGCUGGCCCUGAUGGGGACACUGACCCGCUGGCCCCUGUCCCUGCGCCGCUGGGCCACCACUGCUCUGGGGCUGGCCACCAUCCCCCUCAUCAUCACCCCCAUUGACAGGAGCGUGGAUUUCCUGAUGGAUUCCAGCCUCCGGAAGCUCUACCAGGCACCAGGAGAGCCCCCGGCCCCACACUGACCUCAGGGGACACCGAGGGACACACUGAUGACCUUGGGGGCUGUCACCCAUUCACUGUGAACCCUGGCUCCUGUGACAGCCCUGGAGCCACCAACCCCACCCCAUGGUCCUAAUAAACCAUUUCAAACCCGA